UCUCAGAGCAUGCCUCUCAGAAGCUGGGACAGCCACUGUGCUGCCUGCUGCCCACCCCUAGCCACUCAGCUGCUAUAGCAGCCCCAGGCCAGGAACAUGAACCAGCUGCUGCUCUGGGUUUCUGUCCUCACCAGCCUCCUGGAAGCCUUUGCUGCGACAGACCUCAGUGGGAAGGUGUUUGUGUUUCCUAAAGAAUCCUCUACCAACCAUGUGAGCUUGAUUACAAAACUGGAGAAACCUCUGCAGAACUUUACCUUGUGUUUUCGAGCCUUUAGUGACCUUUCCCGUGGUUAUAGCCUCUUCUCCUACAACACCCAAGGCAAGGAUAAUGAGCUACUAAUUUAUAAAGAACGAAUUGGAGAGUACAGUUUAUACAUUGGGAGAAGCAGUGUGAUGUGGAAAGUUAUUGAAGAGUUCCCGGAGCCAGUGCACAUCUGUGUUUCCUGGGAGUCUGCCUCAGGCAUUGCUGAAUUUUGGGUCAAUGGAAGACCUUUAGUGAAAAAGGGUCUGAAGCAGGGUUACUCUAUAGGAGCUCACCCCAAGAUCGUCCUGGGGCAGGAGCAGGACAACUAUGGGGCUGGGUUUGAUAAGAGCCAGUCCUUUGUGGGAGAGAUUGGGGAUCUGUACAUGUGGGACUCUGUGCUCUCCCCAGUAGAGAUCAUGGUAACUUAUCAGGGUUCCCCAAACAAUUCUAACAUUCUGAACUGGCAGGCUCUGAACCAUGAAAUAAAAGGAUAUGUGAUCGUCAAACCUCUCGUGUGGGUCUGAUAUCUUGAAUCAAGAGCUCUUGAAAAUGAAAAGGUCAACAUCUAAGAGAUCUCCAAGCAACUGGACACCAGACCCUACAGUUGUAGCUCUUUCUUCUUUGAAUUUUCUACAAGCAUGCCUGCAAAAAUAAAUAAAUAAAUAUUGUGUUAUGGUGCCCA